AUGGCAGUGGUUGGGCGUAAGUCCUUCAUUUCUGACCUGCACUCAAAAUAUGCAGAAAAGACAUGGAAUGAGACCUUUAAACUGGUUCGCAGGUGUAUGGACAAAUCGAGAGGUGACACCAAACCCUGUGAACCACUGAUUAGGUGUCUGAAAAUACUCCAUGAAGCACUGACUGUGUCGUCUUUGAGCGCCAUGGUAUCACGGUUGGAGAUAAUAGCCAAACAGAGAGGGAUGGGGUCCCACCUGAGCCCCACUGAGACAACCUGUUACCUCACAGCCGACAUGUUCUACCUAGAGGUCCUACUGCUGCCUGGGGGAGAGGUGGAGGACGUCAAGUUGGCCCAACACGGAGAAGCCCCUCUGUCAAGCGAGUCACUUCUUCAACUGCUAAAGUCAAAGAAGUUUGAAGAAUUCUCAGUGAAACUGAAAGGCCUUUCCUCCCUGUACAACAUCCCUGGAGACAAUGAGACCAAGAUCAAGGUCUACACAGCCCUUCAGUUCUUGGGGAAAGAUCUACAGAAGAUAUCCCAUUUGCCAAGAGCACUGAGGGAGUGCAAUCUUCAAGUGGACAUGAUUCUCAAUGGCAGGAUUGGCUAUCUUACGGCAGGGAGCGAAGGUAUCCCAAUGACUAUCCAAUACUACAUCAGCCCUUCUGACAUUCUGUUGGAGAUGUCUGAUUCAGGUAUAGGCAGUGUUGGCCAGUUGGCCUUGGUGACAGUGGGGCCAACUGACUCUACACACAAGCUCCAGAUGGCAUCUGUCAUCCCACAGCCACCUCAGCUUGACGCCCAGGGUCUACCAUUGUUCAGUCCUCUCUGUGAGGUGCUCUCUGAAAUGAUGCCAGCCUGCUUCCAGCUCAAACUGCAGCCACCCCUACCAAUGCUCUCUUCCUUUGUUGAGAAGCUCAGCCAAAUUACAGAUGUUGCCAUAGCUGAUGCUGACCUGCAGUGGGCACCUUUUCCCCAGUUAAUGAUGACCUUAUUAGGGGAAAAUGGUGGCGACAAAACAUGGGAUGGCCAAGAUGCCCACUUUCUAGUGCCCCUCCCAGGUAAAGAGAUACACAGCUAUGUGCUGCCGGGGGCGGCAUGGGAAGAAGCUGCUCUGAGGGGGGCGCUGAUGAGUACCAUACCCUUUGCCCACCCCGCCCAUGUCCCUGCCCUACUGGAGCUGCUCCGCCACCAGUGUGCAAUUAACACUCUACUGGCCAGCUGCAUUACCUCUCACAGGCCCAGCCCAGGUCCAGUGUGUGACCUAUACUGUGAGGUCUUCCCUGAGUCAGGUUCCAGCCUUACUGUGACCUUUCACCUAUCUGACAGUGACUCUCUAUCUGUUUUGCUGGUGAAUGUGGCAGACUCCCGGAAGCUCACCUGCAGUCUGUUUGCAGUGGGGUCAGAGUCAGAAUCCAUGGAUGAAUACGUCUCCAGAGUCCUAAAGAGAUGUAUGUCUAUUCCUGUGACCAUGCGUGCCUUGAAUCGGAGGCUGUCCAAGAGGACCUGUGGAGAACCUCUACCUGCAUGCUCCUCUACCAUAUCCACUGCAGAUGUCAGCCCUGCUUCUCCUCUCCCCAUAUCCUGUGAGGCUGACGGCAGUCUCUCUUCUGGCUCUGGCCUGGAGUCCAUUGGCAUCCCUACUACCCCCUCUACCGCUGCCGUGUUCUCCCAGGAUGCAAUGGGGCCGGAUACCACCCCAAUGGAGGCAGAGUCUGCCUUCUGUCUGUCUGUUGCUGAAGUCAAUACAAACCCUACUGCCAACCCUUACCCCUGUGCCUCGGCGUGCCGGGUCCAGUACCUCAGAAACGGCCGCCAUCCUGGGCUUUUCAUGCAGAAUAGUGUCUAG